UGUAUACCUAACUGUGUAUCAUUGCCCUCUAGGUCGUUCUUCCAUUUUCUCUGUCUCUGUGUCUGAAAUCUUACCUCUCUCUCAGCUACCUAUCAAGAAUUAAAACAACCCAAAUGACUUAGGGACUCAUGAUUGAUAGCCAAUGAAAUAUAUAUUUUUCUUUGCUUAAGUAAGUCAAUUCAUAUUAACUAAUAGAUAAACACCUGUGCUCCUUAAUCAACUCGGUCCUAGUCUAGUACUGGCACUCUGAAACUUGUUUUAUACUUUUCUUUAUUUCCUCCAACAGCAUAUGAAAAUUUUAAGUAUACACUGAAGUCAAAGGGACUUUAUAGCGGACAUCUGUCCUACCACCUAGAUUCUACCAUGAACAUUUUACCAUAUUUGUUGUAUUACAUGUCUAUUCUUCUCUCCAGUCCUUGGGCCGUCUUAUUUUUUAAAGCAUCUUAGAGUAAACUGCUUACAUCGCUACGUGUCCUCCUAAAUAUUUUAGUAUGUCUAUUGUUAAGAGUUUCAUAUUUGUUUGGCUCUUUGUGUAAAAUUUUCAGAUAGUGAAACACCAGUCUCACAUCUGUGUUCAGUGAUGUUUGAAAAGUGCUGACCACCCAUGUAACCCAAACCCUUUCAAGGUAUAGAAUGUUGCCAUCACCCCCAGAACAUUCCCAUGAGAGCCUUCCCACUCACUCCCCAGCCCUACUUACUCCCAGAGGCAACUGCUGUUCCUAUGUUUUCCCCACCUUACAUUAGUUUUACCUGUUCUAGCACUUGAUUUAAAGGGAUUCAUACAUGGAGGUGCCUGGGUGACUCAGUGGGUUAAGCAUCCGACUCUUGAUUUCGUCUCAGGUCAUGAUCUCACUCACAGUUGUGAGACUGAGCCCCACAUCAGGCUCCAGGCUGGGCGUAGAGUCUGUUUAAGAUUUUCUCUCUCCCUCUGCCCCUCCACCACUUGUGCUAAUGUGCUCAAGCUCACUCUCUCUGAAAAAAAAAAGAGGGGGGAUUCAUACAUAGCAUACUCAUUUGUGUAAUGUUUCUGUGAUUCAACCUAAUGUUUUGGAAAUUCAUUCAUGUUCUUGCUUAUAUCAGUAGUUGAUUCUUUUCGUUGGUAAGUAGUAUUCCAUUGUAUGAAUAUACCACAGUUUUGUUUGUCUUUUAACUCAUUCUCCUAUUAAUGGACAUCUAGUCUGUUUCCAGUUUUGGGUUAUUAUGAAUAAAACUACUAUGAACAUUUAUGUUCAAGUUUUUUUUUUGUGGACAUAUAUGUUGACAUUUUCUUUUAAAGAUUGUUUAUUCUAAGAGUAUUACAUGCAACUUGUAGAAAAUGCAUAGAACUAUAAUAAGGAAAAUUAAAAUGUCAUAAUUUUAUUGCUCAGAAUCUUUUUGUGACUGAAAACUCCUGAAGGUACAAUCUCUCAACAGAAAGGAAUAUUUACUCAUGGUCACCAGGCACCAGUAGACCACGGGCCUGAUGAGCAAAGAGAUGCAAAUAUACACAUAUGCACACAUGCAGCUCCAGGUUAGAGAUCGGCUGGGUUAGUAGGGAGACCAUGCUGACUAAGAGGGAAUGCCUUUCCCUCCGGGUAACUCAGCACAUAUACAUAAUAGAUGCUUAGCAAGUGUUUAGUAAAUGAACGAGUGAAUGAAUGGACGAGCAAACAGAGGAACGGCCCACUGCAGGAGAGUGUGAGAUGUGGGGUCCGGGUGAUUACUGCAGAGGGGAGAGAAAGGAAUUAAUCAUGGACCUAUGACAGCUGCAGUCUACAAACAUGGCGGCCACCUCAUCUUCAUCUUGAGCAGCAUUCAGGUGUCUUGGUGAGUUCUGGAGAGAGACACGGCCCCUCAUCAGUGUGCCAGUGUGAGUAUUAGACACGUGGGUUAGUUGAUAGGGCUGCCUAACAGUAUGCCGUGGACUUGGCGCUUAAACAACAGAUGCCCAUUUUCUCACAGUUCUGGAGGCUGAGAAGUCCAAGGGUGCAGACAGCUGCUUCUCACCGUGUACUCCCAUGGCCUUUUUUGGUGCAUGCAGGUGGAGAGAGAGCAUGCAUGUGAGCUCUCUGGUGUCUCUUCUUACAAGGACACUUAUCCCAUCAUCAGAUGAGCGCCUUAUAACCUCAUUUAACCUUCACCCCCUCUUACAGACCCUGUCUCCAAAUUCAGUCACAUUGGAGAUUAGGGCUUCAACAUAAGAAUUUGUGGUGAGCUCAGGGGUGGGGGGACCUGAUCCAGUACAUAGCAGUGUGGUUCUGCCUAAAGACUUAUCCACCAGCACUGAGCCAGGUGCCCCCACAGCUACAUCUGGAUUUCUACACUUGCCGCAGCAGGAAUACUUGGCUUCUACCAACCAGUGCUGAAAUAACACUGCUGUAACAACACUUCAUAGCAUCUGGCAGAGUGCUUUCAACGACACAGUCUAACUUAACCUGGCAGCAAACCUGUGAAGUAGGGACUGUACCCAUUUUGUGGAUGAGAAGAACACGGUGUAAGAAGUUAAGUGUCUGGCCCACAGCCCCUCAGCCAAUCCGUGGUGAACCAAAUCCCUCUGCUCCAACUCUUACAGAUAGUGCCCAGAGCUUCCCGUUAAGGGACUCGUGAUUUCCCUUCCAUUCCCAGGCUUUUAGUUUCCCAGGAGUAUUUAGGAGGCUUUGGGAAUUCCGUUGCCUAUGAAAGGAAGCAGCUAGGCCUGGUGCACUGUAGACAUACUAAAGAUUACUUCAUAAACAAAAAUUAGGUAAAAUACUCCUAAUGAAGGAACUGAGUAGACAGAAAUAUCCCUGAGUCUAAUUAUCUAAUGAUCUGUGUUUUUGUUUUCCAAGUUCUGAAAUUAAGCCUGUUUUAUUCUGUUGGUCAGUACAACAGGGUAUGGAUUCCUGAUCCUGAAGAAGUUUGGAAGUCUGCUGAAAUAGCAAAGGACUACAAAGUUGGUGACAAAGUCCUGCGACUUUUGCUGGAGGAUGGAACGGAGCUGGAUUAUUCCAUUGAUCCAGAAUCUCUGCCUCCACUCCGGAAUCCUGACAUCCUCGUGGGUGAGAAUGACCUCACAGCCCUCAGCUAUCUCCACGAACCUGCGGUGCUUCACAAUCUCAGAAUCCGCUUUGCAGAAUCCAAACUCAUUUACACCUACAGUGGAAUCAUUUUGGUGGCUAUGAAUCCUUACAAGCAGUUGCCAAUCUACGGAGAUGCCAUCAUCCAUGCCUACAGCGGGCAGAACAUGGGCGAUAUGGACCCACAUAUAUUUGCUGUGGCUGAAGAGGCGUACAAGCAGAUGGCCAGAAACAAUAAAAAUCAGUCAAUAAUUGUAAGUGGGGAGUCAGGUGCUGGAAAGACAGUGUCUGCUCGCUACGCCAUGAGAUACUUCGCCACCGUCAGCAAGUCCAGCAGUAACGCCCAUGUGGAGGACAAGGUUCUGGCAUCGAACCCCAUAACUGAGGCUGUUGGAAAUGCCAAGACCACCCGCAAUGACAACAGUAGUCGGUUUGGGAAAUACACGGAAAUCAGUUUUGAUGAGAGAAAUCAGAUUAUAGGAGCCAACAUGAGAACUUACCUGCUGGAGAAAUCCAGAGUUGUCUUUCAAUCAGAAAAUGAACGGAAUUACCACAUUUUUUACCAGCUCUGUGCAUCUGCGCAGCAGUCGGAAUUUAAACAUCUUAAAUUGGGGAGUGCAGAGGAAUUUAAUUACACAAGAAUGGGAGGCAGUACUGUCAUUGAGGGUGUGAAUGACAGAGCAGACAUGGUAGAGACUCAGAAGACCUUCACACUGCUGGGUUUCAAGGAAGAUUUUCAGAUGGAUGUUUUUAAGAUCCUAGCAGCCAUACUCCAUCUGGGCAACGUGCAGAUCACAGCGGCGGGCAACGAGAGAUCCUCAGUUAGUGAGGAUGACACUCACCUGGAGGUGUUUUGUGAGCUCCUGGGCCUGGAGAGUGGCAAAUUUGCUCAGUGGCUAUGCAAUCGGAAAAUCAUUACAACCUCUGAGACGGUGGUAAAACCCAUGACCAGGCCCCAAGCUGUCAACGCCAGGGAUGCACUGGCCAAAAAGAUCUACGCUCACCUGUUCAACUUCAUUGUGGACAGAAUUAACCGAGCGUUGCAGUUUUCAGGCAAGCAGCACACUUUUAUUGGUGUUUUGGACAUUUAUGGUUUUGAAACCUUUGAUGUGAACAGCUUUGAACAGUUUUGCAUCAAUUACGCUAAUGAGAAGCUGCAACAGCAGUUUAACCUGCAUGUCUUUAAACUUGAACAAGAAGAAUAUAUGAAGGAAGAUAUCCCUUGGACUCUGAUAGAUUUUUAUGACAACCAACCAGUUAUUGACUUGAUUGAAGCAAAAAUGGGCAUUUUGGAGCUACUGGAUGAAGAAUGCUUGUUACCACAUGGAACUGAUGAAAACUGGCUUCAAAAGCUAUACAAUAAUUUUGUCAACAAGAACGCUUUGUUUGAAAAGCCCAGAAUGUCAAAUACAUCCUUUAUCAUCCAGCACUUUGCUGAUAAGGUAGAAUAUAAAUGUGAAGGUUUUCUUGAGAAGAACAGAGAUACCGUAUAUGAUAUGCUGGUUGAAAUCUUGAGAGCAAGCAAGUUUCAUCUCUGUGCCAGCUUUUUUCAAGAAAAUCCAGUUCCUCCUUCCCCUUUCGGUUCAGCGAUCACAGUCAAAUCUGCAAAGCCAGUCAUCAAGCCAAACAACAAGCAGUUCCGGACCACAGUGGGGAGCAAGUUCCGCAGCUCUCUGUACUUGCUCAUGGAAACCCUCAAUGCAACCACACCCCACUAUGUCCGAUGCAUCAAGCCAAAUGAUGAAAAAUUACCCUUCGAAUUCGACUCUAAAAGGAUUGUUCAGCAGCUGCGAGCCUGCGGCGUUUUAGAAACAAUUCGCAUUAGUGCGCAGAGCUACCCUUCCAGGUGGACAUACAUUGAGUUCUACAGUCGCUAUGGUGUGCUCAUGACCAAGCAGGAGCUUUCGUUCAGUGAUAAAAAGGAGGUGUGCAAGGUGGUUUUACACAGGCUCAUCCAGGAUUCUAAUCAGUACCAGUUUGGUAAAACCAAAAUUUUCUUCAGAGCAGGACAAGUGGCUUAUUUAGAGAAACUCCGAUUGGAUAAGCUCAGGCAGAGUUGUGUUGUGAUACAAAAGCACAUCCGUGGCUGGCUCCAGAGAAAAAAGUUUCUCCGAGAAAGACAAGCUGUCCUGACAAUCCAGCAGUACUUCCGGGGUCAGCAAACUGUGAGGAAAGCUGUUACCGCAACAGCCUUAAAAGAAGCAUGGGCAGCCAUAAUCAUUCAGAAGUACUGUCGUGGAUAUCUUGUCCGCAGUCUGUACCAGCUGAUUCGCAUGGCCACCAUCACCAUCCAGGCCUACACCCGAGGACUCUUGGCGAGGAGGAAGUAUCGGAAGAUGCUGGAGGAGCACAAGGCUGUGAUCCUUCAGAAAUAUGCACGGGCGUGGCUGGCCAGGCGCAGAUUCCAGAGUAUCCGACGAUUUGUGCUCAACAUUCAGCUUACUUACAGGGUCCAACGUUUGCAGAAAAAGUUAGAGGAUCAGAACAAAGAGAACCAUGGGCUGGUGGAGAAAGUGACCAGCCUGGCUGCUCUUCGAGCCGGUGACAUGGAGAAGAUUCAGAAACUGGAAUCACAACUGGACAGGGCAGCUACCCACAGGCACAAUUAUGAGGAGAAGGGGAGGAAGUACAAGGCUGCCAUGGAAGAGAAAUUAGCAAAGCUUCAGAAGCAUAAUUCAGAACUGGAAAUACAAAAAGAGCAAACAGAGCUGCAGCUUCGAGAGAAGACUGAAGAGUUGAAAGAAAAAAUGGACAACCUCACCAAGCAGCUCUUUGAUGAUGUGCAAAAAGAAGAGCGACAAAGAAUACUUCUUGAAAAAAGUUUUGAACGGAAAACACAAGACUAUGAGAAGCAGAUCUGCUCUUUGAAAAAAGACAUUCAAGCUCUCAAGGAUGAGAAAAUGCACCUGCAGCACCAACUGGAGGAAGAACGUGUCGCCUCCGAUGCCUUAAAGGGGGAGGUGGCCCAACUGAGCAAGCAGGCAAAGACAAUCUCUGAAUUUGAAAAGGAGAUAGAGCUACUUCAGACACAGAAGAUAGAUGUGGAGAAACACGUGCAAUCACAAAAACGGGAAAUGAGAGAAAAGAUGUCCGAGAUCACCAAACAACUUCUUGAAAGCUAUGACAUUGAAGAUGUAAGAAGCAGGCUCUCUUCGGAAGAUUUGGAACAUUUAAAUGAGGAUGGAGAACUUUGGUUUGCUUAUGAAGGACUGAAGAAAGCAACACAUGUUUUGGAAAGCCAUUUCCAGUCCCAGAAGGAUUGCUAUGAAAAGGAGAUUGAAGCUUUGAACUUCAAAGUGGUGCAUCUAAGUCAAGAAAUCAACCACCUGCAGAAAUUAUUUAGAGAAGAGACUGACAUCAAUGAAAGUAUCCGUCAUGAAGUUACCAGGCUGACAUCAGAAAACAUGAUGAUCCCAGACUUCAAACAGCAAAUUUCAGAGCUGAAGAAGCAGAAGCAAGAUCUGGAAAUCCGCCUGAAUGAACAAACUGAAAGCAUGAAAGGAAAACUGGAAGAAUUGUCUAACCAGUUGAACCGCAAUCAAGAAGAGGAGGGAACACAAAGAAAGACCUUAGAGGCCCAAAAUGAAAUACACACCAAAGAGAAAGAGAAGCUGAUCAGUAAGAUUCAAGAAAUGCAGCAGGCCAGCGAGCUCUUGAAGAAGCAAUUUGAAAGUGAAAGUGAAGUGAAGAGUAGUUUCCGACAGGAAGCAUCUCGGCUCACUAUGGAAAAUAGGGAUCUUGAAGAGGAGUUAGACAUGAAGGACAGAGUGAUUAAAAAGCUCCAAGAUCAAGUUAAAACUCUAAGCAAGACGAUUGAAAAGGGCAAUGAUGUGCACUUGUCCUCAAGACCCAAGGAGUAUCUUGGAAUGCUGGAAUACAAGACAGAAGAUGAGGACAAGCUCAUUCAAAACCUCAUUCUCGACUUGAAGCCUCGUGGUGUGGUGGUGAACAUGAUCCCAGGGCUGCCCGCUCACAUCUUGUUCAUGUGUGUACGCUACGCAGACUCUCUAAACGACGCCAACAUGCUCAAGUCCCUCAUGAACAGCACCAUUAGUGGCAUCAAGCAGGUGGUUAAGGAACAUUUAGAAGACUUUGAGAUGCUAUCUUUUUGGCUUUCCAAUACGUGUCAUUUCCUCAACUGCCUAAAGCAGUACAGUGGUGAAGAGGAAUUCAUGAAGCUUAAUAGUCCACAUCAGAAUAAGAACUGCUUGAACAAUUUUGACCUUUCAGAAUACAGACAGAUUCUUAGCGAUGUGGCAAUACGAAUAUAUCAUCGGUUCAUUGUUGUAAUGGAAAAUAACAUUCAACCAAUAAUAGUGCCGGGCAUGCUGGAGUAUGAGAGCCUGCAAGGCAUCUCCAGCCUGAAGCCCACGGGCUUCCGGAAGCGGUCAUCUAGCAUAGAUGACACGGACGCCUACACCAUGACCUCUGUCCUGCAGCAGCUGAGCUACUUCUACAGCACCAUGUGCCAGAACGGCCUGGACCCUGAGCUGGUGAGGCAGGCUGUGAAGCAGGUCUUCUUCUUGAUCGGGGCGGUCACCCUGAACAGCCUCUUCCUGCGCAAGGACAUGUGCUCCUGCAGAAAAGGGAUGCAGAUCAGGUGCAACAUCAGUUACUUAGAAGAAUGGCUUAAAGAUAAGAAUUUGCAGAACAGCUUGGCUAAGGAAACUUUGGAGCCUCUCUCUCAGGCAGCCUGGUUGCUUCAGGUCAAGAAGACCACAGACAGCGAUGCCAAGGAGAUCUAUGAACGCUGUACCUCACUGUCUGCUGUGCAGAUCAUAAAGAUCCUUAAUUCAUACACACCUAUAGAUGACUUCGAGAAAAGAGUAACUCCAUCCUUCGUUCGCAAAGUACAGGCUCUCCUAAAUAGCCGGGAGGAUUCAUCACAGCUGAUGUUGGAUACAAAAUAUCUCUUUCAAGUUACCUUUCCUUUUACCCCCUCUCCACAUGCUCUGGAAAUGAUGCAGAUCCCCAGCAGUUUUAAGCUAGGUUUUCUCAAUAGAUUAUAGCAGGAGAAAGGAGAGGAAAUGUAUGUUUCCCUCAGAAGCCAAAUGAAGGUCAAAUAUGAGGGAUGUGGUUGUUAAUUGGAACUGGAAAUGCUUUGGAAUGUGAUGCAAAGAAGCAAAGAAGAAUUCUCCAAGAUGGGCCACAUCUUCUCUUGUUCCCCGUGAUGGUGCUGCCACUGUCAUUUUGUAAGAGUUAACACACACCAGCUGCGGUUGGAAAGGCCAUGCCUACCUUCUGAAUCACAGCCAACUUUUACUGGAAUUCCUCGAAGGCCCAUGUUUUCUUCCAGGUGCCUCUUGUCUAGAUCUGUUUUGUGACAGGGCUCCCCUCAAAGGGAGUAUGAUCUGGGGACACAGUGCCCCUUAAGUUUACUAAUGUUCAUGUGAAGCCCAGGUACAUUUAUGAAGCCGCGAGUGGUUUCCAGGGCUGAGUCUUCCAGGAAAUAAUCCCAUUUGGCCACAAUGCCCUGUCGAAAUUCCUCUCACCCCAUGCCUCCUGCCCAGGGUGGGUGGGGUGGGGUUCACUGACUUUGACUAAAAAUGCUCCUGCAUGAAAAAAUAUUUAUUAUUUAAGAGCCCUCUAGUUUUUAGGCAAAUAUUCAGUCUGAAAUGAAUUACGUGAAGUGUUUUAUGUAUAUAUCUACCUAAAACGAAUAUAUUAUUAAAAUUAAUUGCCAGGGCAUUUACCACCUCUUCUGAAAGAACAUUUCUUUAUGUUUUAUCUGCCAACAUAUUGGCCAUAUGUUUUUCAUUGUUCAAUAUCGUUCGUGCAACAGCUUCUCUAAAAACUAAGUUUAAAAGGCAACCUAAUUGGUUUUCUCUCUCUUUUCAGCAUUCAAAUAUUUUUAAAUUUUCCCAUAAAAAAAAACUGAAGAAUUAUGUCAGUUCUUCCUGUUGAGAAACCAGUAUUUCCCAAGUUUCAUGAAAACCGACGAUCCCUUUUCCCCCCAGACGUUCUCAUUCCUUCCUUCAGAGCACGUGAUGUUGCACUGCUAGCCUGUGGCAUGUGACCCAUUCCAAGAAUCCAACCAGCCCUCCUGUCUCUGACAGACUCACAGCAUGAGCUGUGGUUCUGUCCCACAGAUCUAUGUUUUAGGAGUGAUAAUACAUGAUUAUGAAGCAACAUCACCCUAUUAAUAUGUAACAAUGCCUUUUCAUAUUAUAAAUGAUUUAGUUCUUUUAGAUACAUUGUGUAUGAAGAAAUGAAAAAGUAGAACUUUUACAUAUUUUAAUCAAUAAAAUAAAUUACCAAA